AUGGAGGAGUCCUGGGAGCGCGAGCACAGCCGAAAGCGCAAGGCCGGGCUCGGCUUCCAGCAGGGAGGCACGGACCAGGCAGAGGAGGCGGCGCGGCACUACAACAAGCUCCACGACCGCCACCGCUCGCUGACGGGCGGCUCAGACAUCCUCACGCUCCGCAACCUGCACAACUGGAUCAAGUCGGUCCUCAUCGCGCGCCACAUGCGCAGCGGCGCGAGCGUGCUCGACCUCGCAUGCGGCAAGGGCGGAGACAUGCUCAAGUUCAAGGUUGGCGGCUGCGCGCGGUACGUCGGCGUCGACAUCGCCAUCGAGUCGGUCCGCGACGCGGUCGGCCGCUACAACGGCGCGCACGGGCGGCAGCCGAUGCCCUUCGAGGCCUUCUUCUACGCGGCGGACUUUGCCGACGCUGCCCUCGCGGCCGCCCUGCCCACCGGCCUCCUCUUCCACCUCGUCUCUUGCCAGUUCGCACUGCACUACUCCUUCUCGAGCGAGGAGCGUGCGGCGGCGCUGCUCGCCAACGUGUCUUCGCGCCUGCUGCCCGGCGCGCCAUCCGCCUCUGCGCCGCGGCUCAUCCUCGACGCCUCCCCGACACGCGCGCCCCCGCCGCGAGGCAUCUUUCUCGGCACGACGGCGGACGCCAACGUGCUCGUGCGGCGGCUGCGGGCGAGCGAGGGCCUCUCGUUUGGCAACCCGCACUACCGGGCUGUCUUCCCGCCGGAGGCGGCCUCCAAGGCCUUCCCGCCGUCGCAGCCGUUCGGCCACUCGUACCGCUUCACGCUGCAGGAGGCGGUCGACGACUGCAGGGAGUUCCUCGUGCCGAUGGGCACGCUGCGAGCCCUCGCCGCCUCCCACGGGCGAGGCCGAUAG